CAAAAACCCUCUCCCUGCCCAACGGGUACCGGCGGGCGAUUGAAAACAAUUAGCCUGCGCUGGAAAGUGAUGUUAUUUUUCGUUCUUCGUAUCAAAUCAGUGAAAUGAGCAGCCGCAAAAGCAGAUUGAGCCUCUCGAAAGACUUCCACAAGGACAAGGAUGUGAAAACCCCGAACGCACGACGCACAUCCGCUCGCACAUCCUUGGCCUGGAAGAGUCCCGAAACGCACCGGAAUGGGGAUAGCUGUGAAGUCUCGCCCUCGCAGAGCAGCGACUACUCGCCCCUGGUAUCGCUGACGCAGGACAGUUCGUUUCACGCCAUAAACGGUGUGUCGUGGGAAUGGAACAGCCCGCAGCGGCUUCGCGAACAGCAGAGUGAGCGCAGGGUUACCGUCACAACAAAGCCUCCACUGAGGCCGAAGUACACGGACACGGUUCCGCACAUUGUGCCGAAAAAACCGACCGGAUUCAACAAAUUCAUCUCCAAGCUAAAUCUGCUGAUGGAGAAGGAAAACUUGGGCGAGCAGCAGUUGAGCGCGCCGGUACCGGAAACGUCCCACGAGCACUUAAACGCAGACGAAUCGGAUUCACCCCAUGAGCAGCAGCAGCAGCAGCAGCAGGAUGAACAACAACAGCUCGAUCUUCCCGGGGACUCAUGCUUUAUGGAUGAUUUUUUCGUAAACGUCGAUAGCAAGGAGACUGCGGCGAUCAGCAACAGCGGGGAGAGUGAUGAUGACAUUUUCCAGGAGCACGUUAUUGCAACGCCCGUUAAAACGAGCCCAUCCAUCACCGAGCUGGACGAUUCCAAGCUGGACAACUUGCUGAUCGAGGCUAGUCAAACGAUAGAGCAGAAGCUUAAUCAACCAACAGUUGUGCCACCGACGUUACCGCCCCUGCCACCGGUUGCUGUGGAAACAAAAAAAGCCGAACCAAACCUAACCAUUCCGAUCGAGAUGAAUGAUUCGGACAUGGACGGGUUCCUGAUACAGGCGUCUCUUAUGGUGGAGGAAAAGCUGAGCGACAGUUCGCAGGAAUCAACGUCGCACGGCAACAACGCACAAAAGAAAGCGACCCAGCCGGGCGGUAGCUUUGAGACCACGAACUCUGCUCUUCCGCCGAACACAGAAACUAAAUGUUCGGCAACAUCCAACGAAGGUACGAGCGAAAUAACCAUGUCGCAGGAGGAGCUGAAAGCACUGAUCGAGAAGAAGCGACAGGAAGCGCUGCGACGGUUGCAAAACAAUCGGCUGAAAAGGGGCAUGAAAGGACCAUCCUAUCAUGGAUAGCGUUGUGAUCGAAUGAAAGCAGAUUUUUUUUUCUUUAAAUUUGUUAUGAACAAUUAUCAAGUGUAAUCCCUUCUAUACGGUUCUAUAAAGCAAACGCAAGUAUUAAGAGAGUCCCUCUGCGAACGUG